AUGGACGUUAUAACUAUUACAGAAACUUUGCUUAAUUCAAUUAUUCUCUUUGAGACACAGUGCAAGACUGAAACAGUUGACAUAAGAAACAAAGUACCCAAGACGUGUUAUUUGUUUACUGGCUUAAAACAAAAAGGAGUCAGAGUCAGAGAUAGAGAUAAUGUAUGGCCUAAUAUCACUCAUGUGUUUUCUGUAGCUGUAAAUAGAAAAAUCGAUAUUUGCCCUUUCAAACCAACGUCAAACUCAGUCAUAUAUGAUAACUACUUAUACGAAAAAGUCUAUAAAAAGACAACCCGAUUGACAGGCAAGAAGUUCAAACCUUACGCACAUUUGUCUUUUUCUCUUACAUUGAACGAGGAUACUCCAUUUCAAGUCCUUGCUGUCAAGGCAAAAAGGCAAGCAACCGGAUGGAGUCCAGAGUUAUUUAAACCCUUAAAAGACCUGGUCACUAAAGUCUAUACAAUUUCCAUACCAACCUAUGCACUUAGCAAGUAUAUAUUCCUUGCCGACCUGGCACGCGACCCAUCCUUCGACAUUAACGGAUAG